GACACUUGACGGACGAGCAUCUCCUGCACUUCCUGCAAAGGUGUCGCCUGGGACUCCGCCCCAACGGGAUCGUCGUCAUUAAGGACAACAUGGCCCAAGAGGGGGUCAUCAUGGACGAAGUGGACAGUAGCGUCUGCCGGGACCUGGAGGUGGUUUGCAAGAUCAUCCGGCACGCGGGGCUGAAUCUCCUGGCCCAGGAGAAGCAGGAGAACUUUCCAGACGAGAUCUACCACGUCUACACCUUAGCCAUGAGGUGAAAGGGAUCCAGCAAGGGUCCCCGUGGGGCCCCAGGACAAACCACGGCUGCCCAGCGGUCCAGGAGGAAGGGCCAAGCGGCGAGAUCGGCUGGGUGGGGUCUUCAAGAAGUGGGGAGCAGGGAGGGAAAUGAGGCGGUUGGGUUCCCUGGGUGGCAAAAACAGACUGGGAGAGGGGAAGUAAAGGUAAGCCAGAUUGUAGUGUCCUAUGUUGGUUUGUUAUGAUGGUUGGAAAAAAAAAAGAAAUCCAAAGAAUACACCUUGUAUGGUGCAGGCGAGUUGCAGAAUUGAAUCUCUAGAAUCUGC